UGUGUGCCGAAAGAGUUGCGCUAAGCAUGUCCGUCGGAAAAUUUCUCAAGAAAAGUAGUGGAAACCUGCAAACGUCUUGUUAAUCCGCGUUCAGUGAUCGUGGUGAGGAGGUCGCGUUUGCGUUCAGCUGUUCAUUCAAGUGCCAUUUGCUGUUGCCAGUAGAUAGAAUCGAGAUCUGCAAAAGGACUUUGGUGAAUUUGAGUGAUCCAGUGUUUCCGUAUCAGUGUUUGGUGCGAAUAUGUGGUUAAAAUUGUUCAUCGGAUGUUGUGUGAUAGGAAGCAUAUUAGCGGAGAAGAAUGUUACCAAAGAGGUAACCGCCAAAGAGAAACGCCAAACCGAUCGUGAAACACGCAUAUUGCCACAGGUGGCCAGUCGGCGGCAGCAACAGCAACAACAGCAGCAGCAGCAACACCAACAAGGCGGAUACUUCCCUGACCCAGAGGCUGCGGCGCACUUCUACGGCCAACAGACAGGAGGUCAAUUACUAUUCAGACCCUAUCAGGGGAAGGCAAGCCAAGAACAAGCCCAAGACCUACCUCCUGAGUAUAUAAGUUUACUACAGCAAUUAGCCGAUCAUCAGAAACACCCAUCGCCUUCGAAGCAUUCAAAACACCCUUCACACGAGGCUCAGAACUCCCAGCUGGAACAAUAUUAUCAUCAACAACAGCAACAGCAUCAACAGCAACAGCAACAGCAUCAACAGCAGCAGCAACAACAUCAGCACCAGUUCCAUCAACCACCACAGCAGCAGCACCAUCCAUCACAACAGCAUAAUCAGAUUCAGUACAUAACAGAGGAAGAAUAUGCACAAAUACUGAAGCAAGCUCAAGUUCAUAAUAAUCAGAUUGCUGCUCAGCAACAGUAUGCACGGCCAGCCGGAAAGCAAGAUUUACCAAAGUAUCGUCCAUCGAUUCAAUUGCUAGAAACUGGCCAAGAGCAUGGAUCAUCGUAUGCGCAGCCUGAUCCGGAGCAGCAAUUCCGUGUCCAAUAUAAAAGUAUACAUUCGGCUGGAUCAGUCACACCCGUACCGAAACCAAUUAGCUCUUUUUCAUUCGAAAAAGAACUAGCUAAAUUGGUGGAAUCAAACCGUCCGCUUGCCUAUCACCCAGGUAAUGCGCACAGACAAAGUGACCGUGGGCCACAGGAAAAUCCGCGGUACGUGGCAAAUCCCCAGUCCCAAGAGUAUACGUAUGUCACGGCUAACGGGCAUGAACAUAUUCCCAAGCAAUCAAUCAAGGCCCAAUAUAUUGCCCCAUUCGCCCAGGGACCUAAGAUUAGCGCUGCACAUUUGCAGGUAGGACCUCAUAAAUUUGCCGAAUCUCCUGCCCAAAAGUAUCAAUUGAUCGCACAGGAAGCACCAUCCAAAGCGCAAAAUUCCCAGCAAUAUUACGCUGAAGUAUCUCCAAAAUAUGUUUCUCCAUCCGGAGAAAAGCAACAUCCUGGAUCACCUUCUCCCAAAAUUCAAUAUUAUGUCCCAAAAGAAAAGAAUCUCCAACUCUACUACUCUCAGCAAGUACAGGAAAAACAGCAGAUUGAUCAACACGCUUCGUCGCAUCCGAUGAAGCUAGUCGAACCUCCCCAGUUGCAGCACGAAAAGCCGCACAAGCAAAUUCAAACGCAUCGACCAAAGGCCCAGUACAUCGCUAGGGAUAAACAAGCCGAUCAAAGCCAACAAAAUGUUCAGAAAUCGAAAGAUUCCACCGACAAUCCAUCGCGAUCGGCUAUUUAUGUUUCCCAGCAGACGGGAGUUUCACCUUCGCCACCAUCUGCGCAGCACACGGGUGCGGAGAAGCCGCAGGCUCAGCAUCACAAAAUCCCUCCCAAGAUCGAUCGCCCUUUGACACCGGAAGAAUUUCAAGCCUUGGUCGAUGCUGGUUAUUCGGUAGUACCGGUACCUGUGCCUGUCCCAGUUCCCCAAUAUCAUCACCCUCAGCAAGGGGCACCGUCUGCUGCUUCUGCACGCCAUGGGCCAGUGGCUCAGGCUAGCCGCUAUCAUCAGCACCAAGUUGCGGCGGAAAAUAAUCCCAGCCAAGUGAUCACCUACCUACGCCCGCUUCAUAUUGAUCCAUUCUCAGCCGGUAUAAGGGGUCCCAACAAGGCUGCUCCUUGAGUGUGAUGAUAGAACAAUAAGUAUUAUAUUGACUAGGGUUAAUGCUAACGAUUAAGAUAUUAGUGUAAUUGAUGAAUAUUUUUGUCUUUACACUAUCUGCCACGAUACAAGAUUAAUUGUGAAACGAUUUGAAGUUUUCUGAGUCACAAUAGAAUUGUUAUGUCUAAUUUAUAAAGAUUCCAGUAUACUGUUGUUAAUUGGAGAAGAAAAUAUAUUUUAAACAAAAACGUGAAAA